AUGCGCUUCAGCUAUACAUCUCUGCUCGCGAUCGCCUAUGCGGGCUCAUUGGCUUCCGCGGCUAACGAUGACUUCAACUACUACCGCAGACACCAGCAGCAGAGACUCCAGAAUGCAGCCGUAAUAGCGCAGCAGCAGGCUUCACUCGGAGCUCAGAAAGACUAUCAGUACCACACCAAGAAGACCGCGCCGUACUUCAUCGACUCAUGGCCAGAUGUCAACUUCGACGCUGGCGAGAUGUACUCAGGAAACGUUCCCAUCGACGAGUCAGAUCCAUCACGCAGCCUUUUCUUCGUCUUCACUCCGAGCGAGAAGCCGACAAAGACGCUCACGAUCUGGCUGAACGGAGGCCCGGGUUGCAGCUCAAUGGUCGGCUUCUUUCAAGAAAACGGGAACAUCCUGUGGCAGCCUGGGACCUACCAUGCCACCAGGAACCCGUACGCCUGGUCGAAGUAUACCAACGUGCUCUGGGUGGAGCAUCCAGUCGGUGUCGGCUUCUCCGUGGGCAAGGUCCAUGCCAGAGACGAAUUGUCGAUCUCUCAGGACUUCAUCGGCUUCUUCAAGAACUUCGAGAAACUGUUUGGCAUUGAGAACUACAAGAUCUAUGUUACCGGGGAGUCUUAUGCUGGGCGAUAUGUGCCGUAUAUCUCGGCUGCAAUGCUCGAUCAGAAGGACAAGCAAUACUUCGACCUCUCCGGCAACGUGAUUUAUGACCCUUGUAUCGGAGAAUUCUUGAGAGUUGGCCAGGAAAUACCGACCUUCGACUUCGUCAUGGCGAAUCGCGAUAUUCUCAAUCUCAAUGAUACCUUCAUCGCUCAGUUGGAGCAAGAGCAUAUCAACUGUGGUUACCGAGACUAUAUCGACAAGUACAUGCAAUUCCCGCCUCCGGAGCACCAACCAGACCGAGGAGUAUACGGCUACAAGAAAUGCGACGUCUUCGACAAAUACUACGAAGCAGCUUAUACAGUCAAUCCAUGCUUCAACAUCUAUCACAUUACAGAUUACUGCCCAGAUUUAGGCGACGUCAUGGGCAAUGCGAAAGGCAUCAGCAACGUCGAGUUCUAUUUCAACCGCCAGGACGUCAAAAAGGCGCUCCAUGCUCCGCUAGACGUCAAAUGGCGGGAGUGUGGAGGACCUGUAUUCAAGGGCAGAGGCGGCCCUGAAGACGAGUCUGAUCAAUCGCCGGAUCCAAUUCAAGGGGUACUACCGCAGGUCAUCGAGGCGACAAACAGGGUUCUGGUGUCGAAUGCUGAUUGGGAUGGACUAUUGCUCACAAACGGCACGUUGUUGUCUAUCCAGAACAUGACUUGGAAUGGCAAGCUCGGGUUUCAGUCUCCGCCGAUGAAGGACUUCGUGGUGAACCUCAAGGACAAGCAAUAUGGUACAGGUGUACAAGGCAUCAUGGGAAGACAACACUACGAAAGAGGACUUCUAUGGGUCGAGACGUUCCAAGCAGGGCAUGAGCAACCUCAGUAUCAGCCUCGUGCCGCCUUGGAGCAUCUCCGUUGGAUGCUUGAGUUGGAUGAAGACUCGUGA